AAAGAAGGGUGAAAAUAAUUAGUAUUUCCUAAAUAAGAAAAAAAAACAGGGGUUAUUGUUAACUCUGCGGCACGUUCCCUCUAUCUAGUUUUACUUCUGGGUUUGUCCACCGCCGAAACGAGAAGCGAAGCAGAUUCCUGAUUAUCCCUUGAACAACACAAGUAGUUCUUCAGUUUUUGCUUCAAUUUCAGUGAAAUUCUUCAAGUAUGCAUCCCUUUAAUGGCAGUUUACAGGUUAGCUUCUCUUCCCACUUCAUUUAAUUGCAAUGUUGUUCAUUCAAAAUGGCAAUAAAGUUCACACCUUUGACGAUUUCAAGUAAUAUUUCAAGAUGGGUUUUCUUAAUUAGGUCAAUUUCUUCAAUUAAUAGUGUAAAUCAUGUACAAAACGUCUCAAAACCCCACCAAAAUGUGCUAAAUAGGAGUGAAAUUGACCCUAGAAUACAGUACUUAAAGAAUGGGUUGUGCCCAGAUAAUUUGAACAAGGUUUUGGAUAGUACUCAUGAUUUGAACUCAGCUUUAAAGGUGUUCAAAUGGGCUUCUCUUCAAAAACAGUUUAGGCAUAGUGCUGAUACCUAUUCUAGGAUUAUAUUGAAGUUAGGUUUUGCUGGAAAUGUGGAUCAAAUGGAGGGUUUUUGUAGGGAGAUGGUUAAGGAUAGGUGCCAAGGCGCGGCGGAGGCGCUUAGUGCUUUGGUGGAUGUAUUUGUAGGUAAUGGUAGGUUAGAUGAAGGUGUUAAGGCGAUUUUGGUUAUGAAUUCUAGUGGGUUUAAGCCUUCUUUGGGUAAAUGGAAUGAUCUUUUAAGUGCUCUUGUGGAGGGGAAGAGAGAAUUUCGUGAUGUAUUGUUGAUUUAUAAGGAGAUGGUGAAAUCGGGAAUUCUUCCGAGUGUUGAUACUUUGAAUAAUUUGAUAAAAGCUUUGUUUGAUUCGAACAUGGUCGAAAAUGCUUUGGAUCAAUUUAGAAGGAUGAAGAAGAAAGGAUGUAAACCUAAUUGUAGGACCUUUGAGAUCGUUAUACAUGGCCUCGUGGCCACAAAUCUAGGGAAUGAAGCACUUGGUGUAAUGAAUGAGAUGUUUGAAAUUGGGGUAAAUCCUGAUUUGAGUUUUUAUACCAAUGUUAUACCGCUGUUGUGUAAAGAGAAUAAGUUAGGAGAAGCUAUGAGGUUGUUCGACAUGAUGAGAACUUCCGAGUUUGAGCCUGAUGUUUGCAUUUACUCAUCUCUCGUCAAAUGUUUGUGCAUGAAUCUUCACUUCGAGAAGGCUAUUGAGCUAUCCCGUGAGAUGAGAAAUGCCGGGUUUAGUCCUUCAACAGAUGUUCUUGUGGAUAUUCUAAAAGCGUAUUGUAAACUCGGGAACCUUAAUGAGGCGAGAAAUUUGUUAGAUGAUAGUCAUGUUGUUGAUUCUUCUGCUUACAAUGUGUUACUUCAAGGUUACUGUGAUGCUCAGUGCUUCCUAGCUGCAAAAGAUCUAUUUCAUAAAAUGCUACACUUGGAUGUGGCAGACCAUUUAUCAUGGAAUAUCCUUAUUCUAGGGCUUUGCGAUGAAAAACAUGUUAAACAAGCUUUUAAAAUUCUUGGAAAGAUGAUCAUUUUAUCGUAUGAACCCAACUCCGCUACUUUCUCUGCGGUAGUCAUUGGCCAGUGUAAUUUAAGCAAGUACGAGGACGCUCUAAAGCUAUUUCAACUAGUCAGUGAGAAAGAUUGGGUUUUGGAUCCCAAUUCUUAUAACAAGCUAAUUGAAGGACUUUGUAAUCUAGAAAAGUUUACAGAGGCCUCUGAAGUGUUUAUGUUCAUGUCUUCAAGAAAUUGUUCCCUUCAUUCUUCUGCAUUCAGCGGUUUGAUCAAGGCUUUUUGUGCAACCGGAAGGGUAGAUGAAGCAAUCAGGCUGCUAAAAGUUGGUCAAAGUUGCAAGAAUCCUGUAAACACUUCUACUUUUACUGCUAUAAUCCGUGGUUUGUUGAAACUCAACAGGCCGUUUGAAGGUCUAGCUUUUUUCUCACAAAUUCUGAGACGUGGUCUGGUUCUUGACUUGGAAGCGUAUUGCAUCCUCAUUCAAUGCUUGAUUGCUUUACGGGAAAUAAAUCGCAGUCUUCUGAUUCUCAACGAGAUGGGUAAUGAAAGCUUAAUCCCCGACAGUGAAACACUUGCUAGCCUUUUGUUACAUUUAACCGACCACUCUCAGUUACAUAUAAUAUGGAUGUCAAUAAGCAAAAUUUGUCAGGAAAGUAAGGUUAUUGACCCGAAGAUUUACAACUUGCUAAUAAACGGUCUUUGCAAGGAGGGUUAUAAAACUGAGGCAUGUCAGCUUCUUGAUUUAAUGUUGGAGAAGGGUUUGGUUCCAGAUGCUAUUACUCAUGGAUGGCUAAUUGGAACUGUUGCUAGUCAAGAAGCAGCGCUUCAAGUAGUAGCAUCUGACUAUUCAGACACGCAGGAUGAAGUUAGUAGCAUACUUUCUGAAGGAUUAGGGGAAGCUUAAACAAGAUUUGACCCCAUAUAGCUACACAACUGUUCCAGAUCGGUGGAAUCUCUCUUCUGACCAAGUAACCUGCGUAAAAGAUGUUGGUAGAUUUGGUUGAUUUGUUCUUAACUAUGGCCAAAGUCCCAAAGGUGGAAACAGUUGACAGAACAAAUACUCUGAAAUAUUUCUCUCCCAAAAGCAAGAAACAAGUCAUCCAAUUCCUCUGAAUGCCAAUGUUGAACAGGAAUAUUUGAUAGGCAAUGCAGUGCGAUUUUUUCCGUGUUUUACAUAUCCUCGAUAUCGAGGUCUCUGUUCUGAUAUUGGCAAUUCUGUUCUUUCCAUUAAAAUGUCAAUACAAGUAUACAACUAUUGUAAAUCAUGUGAAUUUUUAUUCAUGAAUUGCCCUCUCGAUUCUUAUUCAUUCAUCCCUACUUGUUCUUAUA